AUGUCUCACCGCACGAUUGGUUUCAACCUCAGCAAGCAUGCUGAGCAUAAUUCCAUUCGGAGUGCUCAUCCAGAAGCAAGCAGCCCAAAGCUUACAUCACAAAGCCCGGAGUCGACCCUAUGCGACCCGACGGAUACCACCAACCCCGCCAAAGAUACCUCCCACAACCACGUACAGACUUCUAUAGAAGAAGAUCGCACCUCCAGCAAGAACCUUCACGAAAGCAGCCCUUCGCUGGGGAGUCCACACUCUCCGGUGCCCCCCGAAUACCGUUCCGUGACCAGCAGCCACAUGGGUAUGGAUAGUCGACAUCUAGAUAUUGAACCCAUACCAUGUCCUCGAUUCACUGAGCCGGAAAUCUAUUACAGAGUCACAGCAGGGAACAAGGAUGUUGUCCAGCCCAGACUUGAUGCGUCAUUUCCCAAAGGCUUCUUUCAAGACAACAAAGGCCGAUGGACGGGGUAUCGCCGUAACUAUUUCUCAGUCUCGUGUGUCGUUUACGUGCCGACAGCUAUAUACGAUGGGCUGUCUAUACAGCCAGAUGGGGCAGAAGCCAAGCGAAUACAGGGCUUCUCCGUGACAAUUUCGGCGAUUAGACACGGUAAGGAUGGUGAAGUGGCUCAAGAAUUAAUACAGCAGACCCCCAGAAGGCAUAAGCCGUCUGAGAGGAGACCACAAAGGAUACCUUUGUUCCCCUUCAUACAAGCUACAACAGAUAGAAAGAGAGCAGGCCAGUCUGAUCACACAAGCAUUCCCGGCAGCAAUACAGUGCAGAGCAAUAAGAAAGGUGAAGCCCGACCGGUGUGUCACACAUUUGAGCGCGUACAGUUUCAAAAGGCCACGCCAAACAGUGGCAAGAGGCGCGGAGAGCAACAAUACUAUAAUCUGGUUGUUGAGCUUCAUGUGCAAAUUCCAAGUGGGGAAAAUGCGCGAGGCCUGCAAUGGCUGAGAAUCGCUAGGAGGACUUCAGAACCAUUGAUCAUACGUGGUCGAGUUCCGGGGCAUUACAAGGACGUACGGAAGGACAUGCCUGCUCCUAUGGACGAUUCCAGUGGCUUCAGAUAGGAAAUAAAUCAUUAUAGGGCAUCGAG